AUGAGCAAAAAAAAAACCGCUCUUAUACGAGGGCUGCGCGCAGAUGAUGUGCAAAAGGUGCAAGCACGUCUUUUGUUGGACGACUUCCUUCUGUGGCAUCGCACGCAAGUGGUCGGCAUCUUCGCCAGCUUCGGCAACCUGCUUCUGGCCGCUUCGCCGCUCCUGUUGUUAGCUGCGCCGUGUAUCGCAUGCAGCCGGUGUCUCCUCUUCGCGGCUCAGCGAGGACGACGACAACGAGGGGGCGGAGCGGAGAAAUUCGAUGGUCGGAGCGCGUAAGCGCGGAGCCAAGAAGACACGCCCACCGGGGGCCGAUGACCACCGCCCAUUAACGAGGCGGGUCUGACCAGCUGCCCCUGGUGCUUGUGAGGACACGCUAUUCGUACGACGACGUCACGAACGGAGACAGAAAUUGGCUGUUAUAUGAGGUUUUAUACUAAAAGUUGCAUCAAAGACAAGCACAGUAGUUCGAUCUGGAUAAUAUCAGCAUCUUUUUCAACAGACACCGUUUGAACACCUUAAAAUAGGUUUGUUACCACCUUCUUGCAAACAUAGAAGUAAGCUUUAUUUAUUAAAAUAUAAAUGUAAUUGGGAGGUUUUAUAACUUUUUUGUUUUAUUAUAGCACUUUUUAUCAAUUGUGAUUUUCCAGCUAAACAGAGUAGGCAAUACGAUAAAUUAUUGUGUAACAUUUGACACUUAUCAUGUGGUCUAAAUGUCGAUAAUCCCCCAUGCAUGUCUGGCCAAUUAAUACGCAUUUGGACUCUGCUGGUUACGCGUGACGUCAAAUGGAUAAUGAAGACAGAAAUAAAAUAUACCGUAUUGCCAUUCUACUGAAGGUCACAUUUGUGAUUGAAACGUUUACACUAAAGAAGAUUAUGUCAGUGCAUGUGGUUUUAUUGGCCGGACACGCAUGGGAGAUUAAUAAAUGUUUACCUAAAAAUUUUGUCAAUUUAUUACGAGUGGUGUAUAGUGAUGAAAUUUGAAUCUUUAGGACGUUAUAUUUUGUUUAAGAGACAUAAGAGAAUACUAAAUUCUUUUUCUUAUUUAGUAACAUUUCAAAAUUCCCCCUAUUGACAGGUGACAAUCAAAGCCAUAUUUUGUUGUCGUUUUUUGUACACCUGGAUUCAUAUGAAAAAAGACUAAAUGCCAGAACACAGCGGCUGCUAUGAAGAAAUUUUGUUAAUCCGAUUUUUUGACCCAUUGACGACGACCUGUAGGUACCAUCGGUGGUCCACGUGAUGUUUUGCCAACAGCCGGAGUUGACCACCAGUGGUGUAAAUACUGUUUCUAUGCGACUUAAAUUCGUUGAAUUUUCAAAAAGGUUUCUCUUAGGAGACAAACGGUUACUACAAUGGUAAAUUCGAAAUCACGAAAGUUGACGAUUACGUCAUCAUUUUAGUCUAUAGAAAAGACAAACGACAGAGAUUUGUGAAUAUUUUUAAAGAAGUUUCAGAUAUGUUAGACAGAGAGAAACAGAAUUUUAUUGUCUAAACAAACUGUAUUGCUAGUUUGCAUGUAUCCGACAAAGAUAGACAAAGUUUUCAUGUUGUAUGAUCG